GUCAGGCCACCCUCUGCAGCUAAACUCGUAAGGGCCACUUAACCCAUAUGCCACAGCUUAAGCGGCAAGGCCGUUCGUAGAACUUUUAGGCCUAUCCUCCACUUUCUCUGCCCUCAACGUUUGGCGGAAGAGUUAAUUGUAUUAAUAUAGAGAUGGACGCUGCCGACCGCGGAGUAUACUUUGAUGAGGAUUACCAUGUACGCAUUCUAGACGUGGACAAGUACAACGCUUCAAAAUCUCUGCAGGACAACACGAAUGUGUUCAUCAACAACAUCCAAAACCUACAAGGCCUGGUUGAGAAGUAUGUGACAGCCAUUGACCAGCAGGUGGAGCGCCUUGAAGCGGAAAAACUAAAGGCGAUCGGGUUGAGAAACAAGGUGGCAGCGCUCAGCGAGGAGAGGAAGCGCAAGCAGAAAGAGCAAGAACGCAUGCUGGCAGAGAAGCAGGAGGAGCUGGAGCGGUUGCAAAUGGAGGAGCAGUCGCUGAUUAAGGUCAAGGGCGAGCAGGACCUGCUCAUCCAGAAGCUCACAGAUAGCAGCUCGGGAGCGGCGUACGUCUAGCGGCGGGCUCCGGCAGGAUAUGUGGAACCGCGAUUUUGUUUUGACACGCAGAUUGUGAGAAGUGGAAAACACUGUCGUACAUGAUGUAACGCUUAGUCAGCAUGGGUGUUGCUUUGUCGAGAUAAGGGGCAUCGGGCAUGAACUCGUAGUGAUAGGAGGUAGAGACCUUUCGGCGUGGCCUGCUGGCUGCUAGGACCUGCUUUACGUGUUACUACUUCAUACCGGUAGCAGCGGAAUGACGCCACGGACGUUUGUUUGGCCACUGGGACAGAAACUGCUGAAUGGCGGUGACGAGCAAAACUGUACAUAUGUACUUUAAGUGAUUAGGAUUGGGAGGGGCUUUUUAGGGAUGUGCGCUGUUAUGUAUGAUAGGCACUGAAAGACGGAACGGCCUCACGGGGCCUGAGUGGCUUGGGGUUUAAUUUGAGGCAACGCUGUGCAAACCACAGAUUGGAUGUGGCUGACACGCAGGUAACUGUGUCUCCACCAAGGCGUUUACCGGAUGUUAACACUUUGGUUUUGGUUACUUGAAUACAUCGUUCCCUCCCAAGCAAUCCACUAUCCCUCAACUGUAAGAGGGCUCAGGGCGCCGCUUCCCGCAUGUUAUGAACGACGGAGCUGAAAUUUACCGCUAACAGGCAAAGUAUUGCAGAAGAGGGGUGUAUGGUGGUCAGCCACGAGUCUCCGCCGAGCAGUGCGUGGGUUUCCUGCGGAUGGGAUAAAGGAAUUGGGCUGCGCUAUCCACCAUGUCUGAAUGGAAACGCCUUGUAUGUUGGCGUGGAUUGAGGCCACGGAAGUCUGUGCACGGCUUGUGAAUGAAGUUGAAGGCAUUGCUUAGCAGUUGGUCAGCGGUACGGGAAGAGGGAACGUUGCAUAGUGUCACCAAGGCUAUAUUUCGGCUAUAUCAAAUUUAGUUAUAACAGCUUCAUUGCACAUAGCUUGGGCUUGGGUAGCAGAUAUCAGCAUAUCGAUCAUGGCAACAGGUGGAUGGGGUGCUGUAGGUGGGGGCGCCUGGGGGGGAGCUCCAAGUAGUAAGAACUAUGAAGAGAAUAUCCCUGAAGCACCACGUCCAGCACCUCCGACUGCCAGUAGCUUUGGCCAAAGUGCUUUCUCGGCGCAGCCCGCCCAGCAACCAGAAUUAGCAACAACGAGCUACAGGAGUCAACCUGCCAACACGGGAGGCUUUGGAUCGAGCGCCGGUGCCUAUGGGACAGCAGCAGCGGGAGGACAGCCAUCAUUUAACACAGCGAGCUCCAUGACGGACCCUGCGCUCAGGCGCAAGGAGGCGGAGCUAGCAGCUAAAGAAAAGCAACUUAAGGAGCUAGAGGCAAAGCUUUCUGCUGCAGGUGCUCUUGAGAAGAAGAACUGGCCUAUAUGCUACCCCAUCCUGUACCACAACAUCAGCGAGGAAAUCCCAGAAGGCAGGCGCCGGCCCGUGUACGAAGGCUACAUGGCGUGGUGGGGGCUGUUUAUCUGCCUAGCCUGGAAUCUGUUCUGCGCCUGCGUCAUGCUAGGCCAGGACGUCAACCAAAAGGUGCCCAGCUGGUUCCUGGCGCUGCUAUACAUCAUCUGUGGCGUGCCGCUGAGCUGGUGGCUGUGGUACAAGCGGCUGUACAACGGCGCCAAGUCGGACUCGACGUUCGGGUUCGUGUGGUUCUUCCUGUGGUUCCUGGUGCACACGGCAUACUGCACCUGGGCGGCCAUUGCUAUGCCGUUCAGCGCAAGCCAAUGGUCUUUCGCUGGCUUCAUAACGGCCAUGAAGGCGCUGGAUGUGAACAACUUUGCGGGCAUCAUCUACCUGGUUGGGGCGGGCUGCUGGAGCGUGGAAGCAGCGUUCUCCUGGUGGAUCCUCGUCGACGUGUGGCUGUACUUCCGGGGCAAGGGCGGCAUCAAGGAGGUCAAGGAGGCGGCCAAGCGGGAGGCGGCGCUGGCGGCAUUCCGCUCCCAGUCCGGGACCAAUGUGUGAGCGCCGCAGCAUUGCAUGACCAUGAACAGCGCACGUUGGACUCUACAUUUUGCAUCAGAUGGAUUCCUGCCUGUCGUCUGCAUCAACGCCGUCUUAAGCUCCAGCUGACGUGCGGCUGUUCUAAUAGGCCUUACUGCGUGUAUGGCGAUGUGGGCCAGUGUUUAGAGUAGUGUCGUUUUAGGGAGAGGACCAGUAGAGCAAGGGGCUUAAACGCUCUUGCUUGCAUGUGUUUGUGAGUGGAACUGUCAAUCGUCGGAAUGCGUUUUGCUUAGGCUUCCGGGUUGGUACCUAGCUAGUGACAAAACAACGAAGAUGCCAUGCGUGCUGCCGGGUUUCCUUCCACAGCCACCGUAUAACGUGGCGCAGUCAUAGAACAAGUCAUGUUCUGCUUUCCCUCUUCGCAUCCCCAUUUUUACCUGUGGUCUGGCAGCUAAUGUUCGGAAUGAUUCUUCCGGUGCUAACAACAGUUAUGAUUUGCUUCAUUCUGCAUCAUACCUUUUGGGGGCCGGAUUUUUUAGACAUGACGGGUAGCAGUGGACGGCUGGGUGUCUGUCAAUCGCGCAUUCUACCGCAAGGCUCGGUAGUUUGUGACGCUGUGUAAGGUAUAACCCUAGAUGCCUGCAAGCGCCGCCACCAACGCCAUCGGGUCAGGGCGCCGGCUAGUAAGUAGUAAC